CGGCGCCCCCCACGCCCCGCUCCGCCCGCCGCGGGGGAGCCGGAGCUCUUUGUGGGAGCAUCUUGGGGGCGCGUCCCUGCCCCGCGGCCGCGGCUUCCGACAGGCCCCCCUCCCCCCGGCCGGACUGUGCAGCGCCGUCCGCAGCCCCUUCUCAGACCCCCGGGUGGGGAGCACGUCGGUGCGUGCGCAGGGCCCGGUGCGGGGCGUCCCGCUUCCUCAAGGCGGGGCUCACGCUGCGCUCGGGGCGGACGGGGGCGGGGGGCGCGAGGCGGCCUCGCCCCCCGGCUGGAAUCCGUGCGGACCCGGCGAGCCUCGUCGUCCCGGCCGGGCCCCGCGCCCUGUCCCCACUCCCCAGCCUGGGCGAGAGGCGCGCCCUGAAGUCGCGGGGCCGACGCUGCGCGCGGGGCGGGCGCCUCGCCGCUCCCAUCUGCGGGAGGAGGUGCGCUGAGCUCUGGGGGCCUCGUCCAGCCUCCGGGCCAGACCUAAGCCCGCGGCACGUUUUGACGAAGGCCUGUGAGCAGACACUGCCUGUUGGGGAACCGGGACGCUCUGGGGCGCUCCCGAGGGCUCUGCUUUCCCGCAGCCGCGCUUUGGCAUCGCGUUGGCGCGUGUCCGCGGCUGUCGGUCCGCUCCGGUCCUUUUCCGCCGCGGCUGCAAAGCGCUUCUUGCGAGAGCAGGUCGCUGGGUCGUCCUCACUGUGGAGUAGGGAGGUGGUGUGGCUUCGGAGGGGAAGGACCUUCGUGCCUUGAUGUGUCCAGGCUGGAUAAUGGCAACUGGGCAAGGCCACCUGAGCGAGCUGGAGGCUGGGGAGGACGGACGUCACCGGGCCUCCUCCCCAGCUGGGCCAGCCUCCUCUGUCCCUGGGACCAGGCCCUGGAAAUGAGCUGGGGAGAGCUCCUGGCGGGGAAGUAAGUGGCUCUUCCUUCCGACCCAGACCCAGCGUACUGCAACCUGGGGACCGGUGGAGUCGCAUUUCCCAGGCCCUCCAAGCAGAAAGGGGGGGGACGUCAGAUCACACAGACAGGGACUCUUCAUCCCGCUUUCUUUAACUGGGAUUUGUGUCGCCUGUUUCUGUCACUUCUUCCAAAGCGUCCCUCUUUUCUUGUUCCAGUCCACACCUGUCUUGUUUUGUACCUGUAAGGUGUUCAUAAGCACUCUUCGUACACACUUUCAGAAAUUUCUUUCACUUCGCCUGUGAAGGGCAGUUAGCCUGUUUCAGAGGUGCAGAAACAGACUCAGGAGAGGUAAGGGCUGGGCCCAGGAGCCAGGAUUGGACUCAGGCCUCUGCACUUGGCAAUGCUUUUCACACACACGGGCCCUCAAACUCAGGGCUUCUCCCUGCCCCAAAGCUCUACCUCCGUGACUGGAAGAUUAGGGACCCGUCAAAAAGAGGCCUGAUUGUCAUUGUAGACACUAAAUCCAAGACCUCAGGAGCUCACACCGUCUCCUACCCUCUCUUUGCGUUGCAGCCCUGCAUGCUGGGAGUGUCAGACGGAGGAGGACGGUGCGCUCAGAGGGCUGAGCUCUUUGGGUUCCGUGGAAGGCGGCAUGGGCUGAGCUGGAACUGACCUGCAUGACCAGCAAAGGAGGAGCAGGUGAGGGAGCACUGGGUCAGGAGCACCGUCUGAGGUCAGGAGGCCUGCACCCGCCCCCGCCACUCACAAAAUAUGACCUUGGAUGAAUAAUGGGAAGCAUGCCUAGAAGCCGCCCGGCAUGCUCUGCCCGCCGCACGCCGAGGUGCCUGACCAUGAGCCUCAACUCCUCCCUCGGCCACAGGAAGGAGCUGAGUAACCGCACGCACGAGGACGGUGGCGCCGGGGGCGGUGCCAUCGCUGACUUUGCCACCAUCGUCAUCAUCACCGUUUUCGUCUGCCUGGGCAACCUGCUCGUCGUGGUCACCUUGUACAAGAAGUCCUACCUGCUCACCCUCAGCAACAAGUUCGUCUUCAGCCUGACCCUGUCCAACUUCCUGCUGUCCGUGCUGGUGCUGCCCUUUGUGGCCACCAGCUCCGUCCGGAGGGAAUGGGUCUUCGGUGUGGUCUGGUGCAACUUCUCAGCCCUUCUGUACCUGCUCAUCAGCUCGGCCAGCAUGCUCACGCUUGGGGUCAUCGCCGUGGACCGCUACUAUGCUGUCCUGUACCCCAUGGCGUACCCCAUGAAGAUCACAGGGAACCGGGCUGUGAUGGCUCUGGUCUACAUCUGGCUUCACUCCCUCGUCGGCUGCCUGCCACCUCUGUUUGGCUGGUCGUCCGUGGAGUUCGACGAGUUCAAGUGGAUGUGUGUGGCCGCGUGGCACCGGGAGCCUGGCUACACGGCCUUCUGGCAGAUCUGGUGCGCCCUGUUCCCCUUUCUGGUCAUGCUGGUGUGCUACGGCUUCAUCUUCCGGGUGGCCAGGGUCAAGGCGCGCAAGGUGCACUGUGGUACGGUGGUCCUGGCGGGGGAGGACGCCCAGAGGGACGGGAGGAAGAACUCCAGCACCUCCACCUCUUCGUCGGGCAGUAGGAGGACCGCCUUGCAGGGCGUGGUCUACUCGGCCAACCAGUGCAAAGCUCUCCUCACCAUCCUGGUGGUCCUCGGGGCCUUCUCCAUCACCUGGGGCCCCUACAUGCUUGUCAUCACCUCCGAGGCCCUCUGGGGGAAGAACUCCGUCUCCCCGGCCCUGGAGACCUGGGCCACGUGGCUGUCCUUCACCAGCGCCAUCUGCCACCCCCUGAUCUAUGGGCUCUGGAACAAGACGGUCCGCAAGGAGCUGCUGGGCAUGUGCUUUGGGGAUCGGUACUACCGGGAGCCGUUCGUGCAGCGACAGAGGACGUCCCGGCUCUUCAGCAUCUCCAACAGGAUCACAGACCUGGGCCUGUCCCCCCACCUCACAGCGCUCAUGGCAGGCGGACAGCCCCUCGGGAACAGCAGCAGCACGGGGGACACCGCCUUCAGCUGCUCCCAGGACUCAGGCACAGACGUGAUGCUGCUGGAGGACGGCACGUCCGAGGACAGCCCUCCCUCCCACUGCACCUGCCCCCCCAAGAGAAGGAGCUCCGUGACCUUUGAGGACGAAGUGGAACAAGUUAAAGGUUGGUCUGCGGCAGCUGCUUCAGGACCGCCUGGGCAGGGACGCUGCCAGGAGCCCCGUUCUUCGCGUGGGAGCCGAGCUGCACCAGUCCCUGGACGGUUAUGCGGCCAGCUUGGCCAAAGUCAUAGAGGCCGAAGCCAAAGUCAAGCUGUUCGGGGAGGAGGCGUUGCCAGGGAUCCUGGCCACGGCCCGGACCGUCCCCGGGGCUGGCUUCGGGGGCCGCCGGGGCAGCAGGACGCCUGCGAGUCAGCGGCUGCAGCUGCAGAGCAUCGAGGAAGGGAACGUCUGAGCCGCAGGACGGACAUGAGGGGCUCAGGGUGGACGGUCCUGCAGGGGGGCGCCUGGGGAAGCACAUCUGGGGGCCGCCACCAGGAAAACACUAAGUACAGGGUCUCGUGAGGCCGCAUGCCGGCUCCGGGUGGGUCAUGGUGAUGGGACCAGAAGCCUCGGAGGCACAGAGGCCAGCAGCGGAGAUGUGGCCAUGACUUUUGGGGGCGUGUAGAAGGGGGACCAGGGACCCUGGCUUGGAAGGAAACCACCACAUGGGUUACCGCCUCUUUGGGACCCGGGAGUCGCGUGGGGCACUGUCCCCGAGGUCUCAGGAGGGCAGCCCAUUGCGGUGUGCUGUGGAGGACAGCAGGUGUCCCCAACAAAGCAGGAUGAUCCCCUGGGCCUCUGCACGGCCGAUGUAGGCUCCGCCGACCGCUCCGCACAGAACCUAGAGCAGAGCCCCUCACGUGGGCUCCGCACGCCUCCGUCCUGGUGGGGACCUUGCGGUCAGCGGGAGCUGCCCGCUGGCAUUAGGGGGGCGGCUCCGGCCGUGGGGCUGCUGUUGGAGGGGUGGGGGCCGUCCUGCCCGCUUCCCUGUUGACUGACGCUUUGCUGUUCAAAAGAAGGGAGCAACCACUGUAAGAGACGAGGAAGGGGCGGGAUGUUUCAUUUCCAGAAUAAAAAAACAGUCCAUUUGGUUCAGA